AUGAAUCAAUCAGCCCCGACCCGGACGCAUAGUCCGCGAGUGGAGGAGCACGCAGCCGCAGCCGCAGCACAAAAGGGGAAGUCAAAGGUCAGAAUUACCGCCAACGACGGAUCGAGGCGGGAGACCGUUACAAUAAAACAAGAGAAGCCCGCAGUAGUGAGCAAUGGCCCCGCCGAGCCCGAGGAGCCACCAGUGGAAGUCGAGGACGACGGCGAGGGCGACGAGGAAGAGGAAGAGGAUGAUGAUGAUGACGAUGACGAGGUAGACAAGAGAAAAACCGUUCCCGCUAAUAUUCUGAUCCGGUUUUGCGUCAGCUUCACCACUUCCGAGAUCGUCACCGUCCACGUCGGCCCCAAGCGUAAACGUUUCCAUCUUCAUCGCGAUCUCAUCUGCGAACGCUCCCCCUUCAUGGAGAAAUGCCUCCAAAAGAACCGGUUCGACGAGGGUUAUAAGAACGAAAUGUACCUUCCAGAGGACGACCCAAAGGCCUUCAGCAUAGUGGUGGAGUGGAUUUACAGAGGAAGACUGCCUUCUUUUGGGACCAGUGCGGGCAGUGGUGGCAGUGCCGCGGCUGCGAGGGGACUCUGCGGGUUGGAUAUGUGUGAUAUAUCUGCUGCGUAUUGCAUGGCGGAUAAAUUCGGCAUGGAGGAACUGCAGAAUGGAAUCAUGGAUUGCAUACGGACGCAUUAUCGAUUGAGUACCAGUUCCGGUACCACCACCAGUGCGAGCACGAGUGCCAGUGCCAGUGGAAGUGGGCACAAUCAUAGUCACUUCCAUCACAUCAUCAAUUGCGGACACAGCAGCAGAGAUUCCACCCGCACGAGCCUCGGCCUAUCAGGAACAGCUGCAGACAGAGAUAGAGAUGCUCACGCAGGAUCCGACUCAACAUCACACCUGGUGCCCCGCCCAAGCUAUGCGGCUCUCGCUCUCGUCCACCUCCAUGGUCCACACAAGUCGCCGCUGAAACGAUUCUUCAUCGAGCACCUCGUCCAUCACAUGAUGACCUUUCCGCGUCAUUACCAUGACCAUCUCAGGAAAAACGUCGGGGAGGACAGCCGCGCAGAGUUUGAAGAGCUCUUCAAGAUCCCGGAAUUGUCGCUGUUGAUCAUGCGCAAGGUAUGGCAAUGGCAAAUCGAAAAGUUUGGCGACCCUGCGAGGGACAAGGGCUGCGCGUACCACGUUCAUUCCACCACGCAAUGCGACUCGAAACCAAGGUCGACAUCUGCCACGGCGGGGAAGAGCACUACGGGUAGUCGGCCCCUGGGACAAGGCAUGGGAGGGAGUCCCAGCACGCAUCCCGCGGUGAUUCUGCAGAACUUGGCCAGAAAUCAGCAGGCGCAGGCCGGUUGGAUGGGUGGCUCGUCGUCGAGUUUAGGCGGAUGGCAUCCUGGCUCCGGGUGGUAG